AUGGGCAGACUGGGCUACUGGACCUUGCUGGUGCUGCCGGCCCUUCUGGUCUGGCGCGGUCCGGCGCAGGGCGCGGCGGCGGAGAAGGGUCCCCCGGCGCUGAACAUCGCAGUGCUGCUGGGCCACAGCCACGACGUGACGGAGCGGGAACUGCGAAACCUGUGGGGCCCCGAGCAGGCAGCCGGGCUGCCCCUGGACGUGAACGUGGUAGCGCUGCUGAUGAACCGGACGGAUCCCAAGAGCCUCAUCACGCACGUGUGUGACCUCAUGUCAGGGGCGCGCAUCCACGGCCUGGUGUUUGGGGACGACACCGACCAGGAGGCCGUGGCCCAGAUGCUGGAUUUUAUCUCCUCACAGACUUUCAUUCCCAUCCUGGGCAUCCACGGGGGCGCAUCUAUGAUCAUGGCUGACAAGGAUCCGACGUCUACCUUCUUCCAAUUUGGAGCGUCCAUCCAGCAGCAAGCCACGGUCAUGCUGAAGAUCAUGCAGGAUUACGACUGGCAUAUCUUCUCUCUGGUGACCACCAUCUUCCCUGGCUACAGGGACUUCAUCAGCUUCAUCAAGACCACCGUGGACAACAGCUUUGUGGGCUGGGACAUGCAGAACGUGAUCACGCUGGACACGUCCUUCGAGGACGCAAAGACGCAAGUCCAGCUGAAGAAGAUCCACUCUUCCGUCAUCUUGCUCUACUGUUCCAAAGAUGAGGCGGUUCUCAUCCUGAGCGAGGCCCGCUCCCUCGGCCUCACCGGGUACGAUUUCUUCUGGAUCGUCCCCAGCUUGGUCUCUGGGAACACAGAGCUCAUCCCCAAAGAGUUUCCAUCGGGGCUCAUUUCUGUCUCCUACGACGACUGGGACUACAGCCUGGAGGCGAGGGUGCGAGACGGGCUGGGCAUCCUGACCACGGCUGCGUCUUCCAUGUUGGACAAGUUCUCCUACAUCCCCGAGGCCAAGGCCAGCUGCUACGGGCAGUCGGAGAAGCCGGAGACCCCCCUGCACACGCUGCACCAAUUUAUGGUCAACGUGACGUGGGAUGGCAAAGACUUGUCCUUCACUGAGGAAGGCUACCAGGUGCACCCCAGACUGGUGGUCAUCGUGCUGAACAAGGACCGUGAAUGGGAAAAGGUGGGCAAGUGGGAGAACCAGACCUUGAGCCUGAGGCAUGCUGUGUGGCCCAGGUACAAGUCCUUCUCUGACUGUGAGCCGGACGACAACCAUCUGAGCAUCGUCACCCUCGAGGAGGCCCCCUUCGUCAUCGUGGAAGACAUUGACCCGCUGACCGAGACGUGUGUGAGGAACACCGUGCCGUGCCGGAAGUUUGUCAAGAUCAACAAUUCAACCAAUGAAGGCAUGAACGUUAAAAAAUGCUGCAAGGGGUUCUGCAUCGAUAUCCUCAAGAAGCUUUCCAGAACGGUGAAGUUCACAUAUGACCUUUACCUGGUGACCAAUGGGAAGCACGGCAAAAAAGUGAACAAUGUGUGGAAUGGGAUGAUUGGGGAGGUGGUCUACCAUCGGGCGGUCAUGGCCGUCGGCUCACUCACCAUCAAUGAGGAACGUUCCGAAGUGGUGGAUUUCUCUGUGCCCUUCGUGGAGACAGGAAUCAGCGUCAUGGUUUCCAGAAGUAAUGGCACUGUCUCACCUUCUGCUUUUCUAGAACCAUUCAGCGCCUCCGUCUGGGUGAUGAUGUUUGUGAUGCUGCUCAUUGUCUCUGCCAUAGCUGUCUUCGUCUUUGAAUACUUCAGUCCUGUUGGAUACAACAGAAACCUAGCCAAAGGGAAAGCACCCCAUGGGCCUUCUUUUACGAUUGGAAAAGCUAUCUGGCUCCUCUGGGGCCUGGUGUUUAACAACUCCGUGCCUGUGCAGAACCCUAAAGGGACCACCAGCAAGAUCAUGGUGUCCGUGUGGGCCUUCUUCGCCGUCAUCUUCCUGGCCAGCUACACGGCCAACCUGGCCGCUUUCAUGAUCCAGGAGGAGUUUGUGGACCAAGUGACCGGCCUCAGUGACAAAAAGUUUCAGAGACCUCACGACUAUUCCCCGCCCUUUCGAUUUGGCACGGUGCCCAACGGCAGUACAGAGCGAAACAUCCGGAACAACUACCCCUACAUGCACCAGUACAUGACCAAAUUUAAUCAGAAGGGAGUCGAGGACGCCUUGGUCAGCUUGAAAACAGGGAAACUGGACGCUUUCAUCUACGACGCUGCCGUCUUGAAUUACAAGGCUGGGAGGGACGAAGGCUGCAAGCUGGUGACCAUUGGGAGUGGGUACAUCUUUGCUACCACUGGUUAUGGGAUCGCCCUCCAGAAGGGUUCGCCGUGGAAGAGACAGAUUGACCUGGCCCUGCUCCAGUUUGUGGGUGAUGGGGAGAUGGAGGAGCUGGAGACGCUGUGGCUCACGGGGAUCUGCCACAACGAGAAGAACGAGGUGAUGAGCAGCCAGCUGGACAUCGACAACAUGGCGGGCGUGUUCUACAUGCUGGCGGCCGCCAUGGCGCUCAGCCUCAUCACCUUCAUCUGGGAGCAUCUCUUCUACUGGAAGCUGCGCUUCUGCUUCACGGGCGUCUGCUCCGACCGGCCGGGCCUGCUCUUCUCCAUCAGCAGGGGCAUCUACAGCUGCAUUCAUGGAGUGCACAUUGAAGAGAAGAAGAAGUCUCCGGACUUCAACCUGACUGGAUCCCAGAGCAACAUGUUAAAACUCCUUCGAUCCGCCAAAAACAUCUCCAACUUGUCCAACAUGAACUCCUCAAGGAUGGAUUCCCCCAAGAGAGCUGCGGACUUCAUCCAGCGAGGCUCCCUCAUCAUGGACAUGGUUUCAGAUAAGGGCAACCUGGUCUACUCAGACAACCGGUCCUUCCAGGGGAAAGACAGCAUCUUCGGGGACAACAUGAAUGAACUCCAGACCUUCGUGGCCAACAGGCACAAGGAUAACCUCAACAACUAUGUGUUCCAGGGCCAGCAUCCUCUGACUCUCAACGAGUCCAACCCCAACACAGUGGAGGUGGCCGUCAGCACAGAGUCCAAAGGGAAUUCCCGUCCUCGGCAGCUUUGGAAGAAAUCGAUGGAGUCGCUCCGCCAAGACUCCCUGACCCAGAACCCCAUCUCCCAGAGGGACGAGGGGCCCGUGGAGAACAGGACCCACUCCCUGAAGAGUCCUCGGUACCUUCCUGAAGAGGUGGCCCACUCGGACGUCUCUGAAACGUCGAGCCGGGCCGCGUGCCACCGGGAGCCUGACAACAAUAAGAACCACAAGGCCAAGGACAACUUCAAGAGGUCCAUGGCCUCCAAGUACCCCAAGGACUGCAGCGAGGCGGAGCGCUCCUACCUGAAAACCAAGGCAAGCUCCCCCAGGGACAAGAUCUACACCAUCGAUGGCGAGAAGGAGCCCAGUUUCCACCUCGACCCACCCCCAUUUGCGGAAAGCAUGGCCCUCCCCGAGAACGUGGACUUCCCCGACACCUACCAGGAGCGCGGGGAGAGCUUCCGCAAGGGGGACUCCACGCUGCCCCUCAACCGGAAUGCCCUGCACGAGGAGGACGUGCUCCCCAACAAUGAGCCGUACAAACUCUACUCCAAGCACUUCAGCCUGAAAGACAAGAGCUCCCCGCACAGCGAGGGCAGUGACCGGUACCGCCAGAACUCCACGCACUGCCGGAGCUGCCUGUCCAACCUGCCCACCUACGCGGGCCACUUCACCAUGCGGUCCCCCUUCAAGUGCGACGCCUGCCUGCGGAUGGGGAACCUCUACGACAUCGACGAGGACCAGAUGCUUCAGGAGACGGGGAACCCCGCCGCCCAGGAGGAGGUCUACCAGCAGGACUGGGCCCCGAACAGCGCCCUCCAGCUCCAAAAGAACAAGCUGAGGAUCAGCCGGCAGCACUCGUACGACAACAUCCUCGACAAACCCAGGGAGGUGGACCUUAGCAGGCCCUCCCGGAGCAUCAGCCUCAAGGACCGCGAACGGCUCCUGGAGGGAAACCUGUACGGGAGUCUCUUUAGCGUCCCCUCCAGCAAACUCGCGGGGAACAAGGGUUCCCUUUUCCCCCAGGGCCUGGAGGUCGGCAAGCGGAGCAAGUCCCUCUUGCCGGACCACACCUCCGAGAACCCUUUCCUUCACUCCUACGGGGAUGACCAACGCUUAGUGAUCGGGAGGUGCCCCUCGGACCCUUACAAACACUCGCUGCCGUCCCAGGCCGGGAACGACAGCUAUCUCCGCUCGUCCUUGAGGUCGACGGCGUCAUACUGUUCCAGGGACAGUAGAGGCCACAGCGACGUGUAUAUUUCAGAGCAUGUUAUGCCUUAUGCUGCAAAUAAGAAUAAUAUGUACUCUGCCCCCAGGGUUUUAAAUUCCUGCAGCAAUAGACGUGUGUACAAGAAAAUGCCUAGUAUCGAAUCUGAUGUUUAA